GUGUUCAUAAUUAACCUGUUCUCACUAAUUAUUCCAAUUCUAGUAGCCAUAGCCUUCCUAACCCUAAUUGAACGUAAAAUCCUAGGCUAUAUACAACUCCGCAAAGGCCCUAAUGUUGUUGGGCCUUAUGGUCUCCUACAGCCCUUCGCAGAUGCAAUCAAACUUUUCAUCAAAGAACCAAUCCGACCCUCAACCUCCUCAAAACUUAUAUUUACCAUUGCCCCAGUCCUAGCCCUAACCCUCGCCCUAACUAUAUGAAUUCCGCUACCAACCCCAUAUCCCCUAAUCAACAUGAACCUAAGCAUAUUAUUCAUUCUGGCUAUAUCAAGCCUAGCUGUGUAUUCUAUCUUAUGAUCGGGCUGAGCAUCAAAUUCUAAGUACGCCCUAAUUGGAGCCCUACGGGCAGUCGCCCAAACUAUUUCCUAUGAAGUUUCACUAGUAAUCAUUCUACUUCCAGCGAUACUUAUAAACGGGUCAUUUACCCUAUUCUCCCUAACCACCACUCAAGAACACCUUUGACUGAUCUUUCCCCUCUGACCACUAGCUAUGAUAUGGUUUGUCUCAACCCUAGCAGAAACCAAUCGAGCCCCAUUUGACCUAACCGAAGGAGAGUCUGAGCUAGUAUCAGGCUACAACGUUGAAUACGCCGCUGGGCCUUUCGCCCUAUUUUUCAUAGCUGAAUACACCAACAUUAUAAUAAUAAAUACCCUCACAGCCAUUCUAUUUCUAGGAGCACUACACAACCCGUUCCUACCAGAAACUUAUACAAUUAGUCUUGCCCUAAAAACAUCCCUACUCACCAUCUGCUUUCUCUGGGUACGAGCAUCCUACCCACGAUUCCGGUAUGACCAACUCAUACACUUGCUAUGAAAAAACUUCCUACCAUUAACACUGGCCCUAUGCAUAUGACACGUAUCAAUCCCUAUCAUAUUAGCCUGCAUCCCCCCACAAACAU